CAGCCGGAGAGUGAGGCGAACAGGUUGAAAGUGCUGGAGGCUCGAACAAUCAAAUACUGUUGGUUGCAGGUUGUAACCGGACCUAACACGCAAGCUGGAAGGGCUCAGUGCAGCGUGGGUGCCCAGGGAUCCACUGCCUGAGUGUGGGGAGAGUAGCGGCCGAGACCCCAGAGACAUGAACCACACGAAGGGCGGCCUGGUCAUCUUCACCGCCAACUCGCACCCCGCGAGCCGCGAGCUGGGCAAGAGGAUUGCGGAGCGGCUGGGGGUGGAGCUUGGCAAGGUGCAGGUGUACCAGGAAGCCAACAGAGAAACGCGGGUACAGAUCCAGGAGUCGGUGCGAGGCAAAGAUGUCUUUGUCAUCCAGACAGUGGCCAAGGAUGUGAACACCACCAUCAUGGAGAUGCUGAUCAUGGUGUACGCGUGCAGGACGUCCUGCGCUAGAAGCAUCACGGGCGUCCUCCCCUACUUUCCCUACAGCAAGCAGUGCAAGAUGAGGAAGAGGGGCUCCAUCGUGUCCAAGCUCAUCGCCUCUAUGAUGUGUAAAGCUGGCCUCACCCACCUCAUCACAAUGGACCUCCAUCAGAAAGAGAUCCAAGGCUUCUUCAACAUCCCGGUGGACAAUCUGAGGGCUUCUCCGUUCCUGCUGCAGUACAUACAGGAAGAGAUCCCCGACUACAGAAACGCUGUGAUCGUUGCCAAAUCGCCAGCUUCUGCCAAAAGGGCUCAGUCGUUCGCCGAGCGGUUACGUCUGGGUAUAGCGGUGAUCCACGGCGAAGCUCAGGACGCCGAGUCGGACCAGGUGGACGGUCGGCAUUCGCCUCCCACCGUCAAGACCACUGGAGCCAUUCACCCCAGCAUGGAGAUACCACUGUUGAUCCCUAAAGAGAAGCCUCCGAUCACCGUGGUGGGAGACGUAGGAGGACGCAUCGCCAUCAUCGUGGACGACAUCAUCGAUGACGUGGACAGUUUCGUGGCGGCAGCAGAGACGCUGAAGGAACGAGGGGCCUACAAGAUCUUCGUCAUGGCAACACACGGCAUCCUGUCCUCGGAUGCCCCCAGGUUCAUCGAGGAGUCGGCUAUAGACGAGGUGGUGGUGACCAACACGAUUCCCCACGAGCUCCAGAAGCUCCAGUGUCCAAAGAUCAAAACGGUGGACAUCAGCAUGAUCCUGUCGGAGGCCAUCCGACGCAUCCACAACGGAGAGUCCAUGUCCUAUCUGUUCCGCAACAUCGGCGUGGACGACUGAACAUCCUGUCUCACACACACACACACACACACAUGAAUACCAUUUGCCUUCUCAGACUCCAGAAACAUAGAGAUGAAUGAUAGUAGUGUACAAACACAGAUAUCCUACCUGUAUCAUAACAUAUGAAUGCUAACCCUUUCCUUUGAGUGCAGCUUAACGUAGGACAAACACACACAUAGACGUCCGAACACAUUUCCACAAAGUAGUUUAGCUGUGACUGAACACACACACACACUCCGAUGUGUCUGUAAUGGACGUUAAUGGACUACUGCCUAGCUCUCUAACGGCUGCCCUGUUCGUUAAAACAGUACAAACCUCAGCAUCUUCUUUAGUUACCUCUACAUCUUGUCUAUUUUGUUUUUUGUUUUGUUUUUUUCCAUAGAGAUUAAUAUUGAAUCUGUGCGUGUUAGACCACAUCUGUUAGCGCCGAAUGUCUACUUUCUGAUGUAGUUUGGAUUGUACUGAUAGCGUGUCAGUGCCUUCUACAGGACACACAACACACAGGCCUUCGUCGUCGUCGUCUCUCAGCUAACCACCCCCCGUUAUUAACCCUGGAAUAUGCAGCACCUAAUUAACGAGUAUCCGAGUGCAUGUUUCGAUCCAGACCUGUUUAUUUUUUUUAUUUAUGUGGUUUCUGAAUGUGCGACUAAUCCAGUUAGUUUAGACGUUUACCAGCUAGCCAUGUCUGUUGCCAUUUGCACUAAUCUGGUGUCAAAUAAUCUACUAAUUGCUAAACUGGAAUUAACACAGGGAUGUAUUUUCAAAUCCGGUUAAUUGGCGAGAGACGUAGUCACGAGUCAUCCAUAUAUAACGUUAUGUGCCAUCAUUUCAAUGCUUUUUUUCUCAUGUUUGAUAUUUGUUGUACUGUCCCUCUGGAUCGGCGAAACUCCAGAUGUGAAGUUUUUAAAAUAAAACAGCCACCCUUUAGUUUGUGUCAGAGAAAAAGGAGGGUUGUUCUUUAUCAUUUUGGAAAUGGGUGUUCCUCCACCUCUUUAGAUCACCGAGAGCGGAUUAAGUUUGCUUCGAUUAUCUUGAGUUUCAAACUGUGGCGAAAGCUGGAAAAACUAAACUGAAACAUUUUCUGACAAGAAAUAAUAAAACAAAAAAAAAACUUGACUGAAGCAGGUCUUUGUCACUUUGCCAGAUGUUCCAAAAAAUGUUUUUGUAUUUAUUUUCAGCACUUAAUAAAUAUGACGUAUGAACGUAAAGCA